AUGGCUCCCGACCGACAGUCCUCCCUCGCUCUCCAGCAACUCCUCCAGGCCCAGGUCUGCGUUUCCAACGGCUCAGGCCUGCCCAAGAUCUUCUUGAACAACGCCUCCGACUCUGAUUCCUCCACCGCACCUAGCGACUUUGACUAUAGCAGCGAACCCGAGUCCGAGUCAGACGACGAGUCCGAAGAUGAACUGGCACUGGAAGAUGAAGAGGAACAACUUUCACCAGAAUACUACCUCCAGGAGGCCGAGUCUCUGGAUGUCUCCCAGCUCCGACAGAAACGCUAUAGCCCGAAAACUCAAGAGAGGUUGGAUGAGGCGCAAGAUUUCUGGGAUAGGUGGGACAUCACUGCAGCAUCCUCGCAUACAGGCCUUGGGUCGCUGAUUGUUCUAGGUUCUGUAAAGGCGCAAAGCGCGAUCCGGUGGAAUGUGCACGCGAUAGUUGCGACGGAGAAGAAACUUUCCCUCAAAAAGCGACCGAAAGCGACCAUGUUUAUCGAGGAUGUGGCUGAGUUUGCCCGAGUGAUCCUGACCACGACAGAGAUGACUUUCCUUUAUGGCUGGUACCGUAUACAACUCCUCCUUUUCUGCCAGCUGGCCGCUAUCACCGGUAGCCGUCCCGGGGCGCUACUGAAACUUCGCUUCGUGGAUCUCAAGUUGACAUUAAUUCGGGAUCCGAAGGGAGGGCGUCCUCGACUUUUCAUCUACCUGAGACCGGAAUUCACAAAAUCAUUUCUUGGCGAAAAAGAGUCAGACACGUUCCCGAUUCCAGAAAUUAUCUUUGAUCCCACGUUGGUCCUCAGUCCUCAUGUUUUCCUGCUGGGCAUGCUGUUUAGAAUUGGCGCAUUUAAAAGUCUGUCCAAAGACGGCCCUGUGGCGGAUUGUCCCGAGAAAUUGUAUAACCUUUGGGUCCUAGAUGGCCUUGGUGAGCAGGAACUGAAGCUCAAGGACGAACUUCUCGAUCAGCAUGUGGUGAGAUUACGGGCUUUGCGGAAGCCGCGAAGCCAUAUUGUCUUCGAUACGGUGCAGCAAAAGCGCUCAACGAUAGUCAACGUGAUGCUGCAGCACGCCAGCAUUGAUACUUUUGUCCGGCACUACAGUGUGGGUAUCCACGUAGAUGCGCAGGCAAUUGUCCGGGGCUUGCCCGCUGAGAAACAGCUCAUCCAGUUUGCCUGCUCGAUGAGUCGGUCCAUUGACCCUCGCAGACCCUACCGGCUUGAGGAUUCGAGCUGCAUCAAUGAUAUUCCCCGCGUGUGUGCCCUGGAAGACAGGAAGCAAGCGAAAAAGCGGAUUCAAGACAUUAAGAUGCGCACCUAUGAGAAUGCCCAGGCCGCAUUACAACAAGAGUUCGGUGAUAAUCCACAGAGCGCGUCUCUUUCCAGAACCGUCCGCAAGCGGAGGGAGUCUCAAGAGAAAAGUGUGAAAAAGUUACAUCAGAAAUUUGAUCAUGCAGAUGAGCAGUAUGAUCGCUCAAGACGGCAAAAGCACCGCCUGAUUCGUGAGAAUCUGGAGCAGUACAAGAACGAGCAGCCAGUGAUCAACAGUGAGCAGCAGCUUGCCGGGAAAGUUGUUGACAAAGAAGUUAUGGGUGCGUUGCAGCAUACUGGUUAUAUGACAAUGCAGCAUAUGACACUUAUUGACAGUAUCCUGACUAUGCCGGGUACGACGGUCAAGAAAGAAUACGAACGCCGAAUUGCCGCAAUCAAUGCAGUGAUUGCAGUCUGUGAUGCGGAAGAGGGUGCUCCCUCGCGGCCUGGUGCGUCGCAAAAACACCCUGUCAAUGCUGUUGAUAUACUACCUGCUGCCCCCCUGCCUAAGAGACAGAAGUCUACCCCUUCAGAUAAGAGUGACGAUACUUUUUCUCGAGCCGUCGCUUCUGUUUGCGUCAAAUCUCUAGAAGAGAGACCAAAGAUAUGCUUCAUUUGUCUUGGUAAUGCUAGACUGCCAGAAGGCGAACGCCUGAGAAUGUACAAGAACCCCGGGUCCCUCAGCCGACACUUCGUCAACAAACAUAUCAAGCCGUUCCCAAAUGACAUGCACUGUGAGUGCCAAGUUUGCGGGGAAAAGCUGAUAUCAAAAUCGGGACUACUGAACCACGCGGAAAGAGUGCAUGGAACUGUCUCCUGCUUACCUUUACCAGCUCUUGGCCUACCCCUCCCAUAA